AUGCAGCGCUUCGCAAAUCUGCUUCUGAAGCACAUAAUUCACAGGGGCUGCUUUGAUGCUGCUUCAAAGAGGCAGUGCCUGCAGUAUUUAAGAGCUCUGAGGACACUGCAGCUUAACGGUUUCAACACCAUUUUUUUAGGGGAAACAGAUAUUCCAGAAAGUCAUACAGGAGAAAAAAUAGCCAAGGAGGCCAGCCUACGCUGGCCAGUAUGGACACUUGUUCACGCUGGCAGCAGCCAAGGGUGGGUGCCCUGGAGGUACAAGCUGCUAUUAAGAGGUGACCUGCCCAUCCAUCAGCAGAACGGUAUCUUUCAGGAGUUGUGUGAUUCUCUGACCACCUCCUAUGGGAAGUGUGUAAUUGUGACGAGGAAUAAAACACAGCCGAUGCGGGUGGGGGCAAAAGAUGGCAAGGAGCCGGAGAUGGGAACUCUGCUGCCAGUCCCACCAGCAAUCUACAUGUCCAGCAUUGAGUGUUGCCCUGAAGUUGCUAGAGCAAAUGGCCAUGAGCUUCUUGUUGUGCCUUCGUCUUACAACUAUCUCUAUCCUAUGGAUGUUGCCUGGUCUUCUUUGAAAUGGUUUAUUAUAAACAACAGGAAGGACUUUGCCCUGAGGUCUAUUGAGAGGGACCACUCCUAUAGCCGUAUCCUCUUCAGUGACUUGAUUGUUGAAGGAAUAGAGAAGAUGACCCCAAACAAAUGGAAGGGAGCAAUUAACAGAGUGAAGAGAUGGGAGAACUACUACCUUGACACACUUUCUUAA